ACAAUGGCUGAGUUCGUGUGAAGGGUGUUGCAAUAGUUUGUGGGAAGAUUGCUGACAUCGUGAAUUUGACUUAGAAACGAGGCACAUUGCGUUUCAAUUGCACAUUAUUUUUACUCCGCUUAGAGAAGACAUGGCCACACUGGCGGCUAAACGGGAAGGACCACAGUUCAUUAGUGAGGUGGCCGUACGGGGCAACGCAGCGGUUUUGGAGUACUGCAGGACAUCCGUUUCAGCCCUGUCCGGAGCCACGGCAGGGAUUCUGGGGCUGACAGGAUUGUACGGCUUCAUUUUCUAUUUUCUAGCGUCCUUCCUUCUAUCGCUGUUGUUAAUACUCAAGGCUGGUCGCCGAUGGAACAAGUGCUUCAAGUCUAGGCGGCUGCUUUUCACUGGAGGACUUGUGGGAGGCCUAUUUACCUACAUUCUUUUCUGGACCUUCCUGUAUGGCAUGGUGCACGUGUACUAGCUGGAGACCUUCAGUGUGCAGCUCGGCGUGUGCCUGAUCUGAAUUUAAGGACUUCGUUAGACUUCGGGAUUUUGUAACCAAUUUUAAAACACCAUAUAACCUAAAUGUAGAUAUAGGAUAUAGUGCAUCAAAAGAUUUUGUAAAUUAUUCUGUAUAGAUCACCACUAUGGAAACCUUACCUUGUUUUCAUUUCCUGCCCAUUUUGUACUGAAAUGAUAUGUGAAAUGCUGCCUGUUGUUUAACAUUUAAUUAUUGUAUGAAAGAAGUAAAAGAAAAAAAAAGCCUGGUUAUGGGGCAAUGUGUGAGAAUUCAUCCAUAUUUUGAGAGGGUUAAGCAGUUGGAUGUCAUCUGCAUUAUGUACCCUGGGCAGGAUGUCAGCUCAUUGCCUCUUCAACCUGAAUAACCAAUGCUUUGUGUAAAGCAGGGAGGAAAUGUACCCAAUUUCAUAGUUUGUACACUGUAAUAAACAACCUGUCA